UCCAAGAGACAAUGUUGCCCGAGAGUGAGAACCGAGAAAAUCUGAGCAACCCCAGCUUCAUUAAGUCUUUGUCUAUUGGACAAAACUGGAAAUCUAAAUCCAUGAGGAUUUUUCCGGAAGAGUUUGUGAGAAGCGCUGGUGAGGCUUUUGUACACAGGGUGGUGCCUAGUGUUCUCUGGAACAAUUCCUGGCAAUGUUGGCUCCGGCAAGACAAGGAUGGUUUGUAUAUGGUCGAAGAAGAUUGGGAUGAGUUUUUGGAUGACAACCUUUUAGAUACAGAUGAUACCUUGCUUUUCACACACCAAGACACAAUGUAUUUUCAAGUGAGAAUCUUCAAGAAAGAUGGGAACGAGAUCACUUCAGUACCUCUUGAAGGUGAACCUGCGACUCACCCAUUUCACCAGGAGACAACCCCUGCCUAUGCCUCUGCAAAUGGAGGAACAAGUAGCCGAGCAAGAAAGGGUUAUGCUCAUGUCGAAAACCCUAAGCGAUACCUCUUAAAUCCGAGAAACCCUUACUUCGAGAAGACGCUAACGAAGACGAACAUAGUCCUGUAUGUGAAUACGUGGGUGAUCGAGGAGUAUGACUUAGAGUUUAGUCCUCCUAAUACCCACAUGUACUUCCUUCUUCCCGAUGGAGAAAAACUCGAUGGCUACACCAAGGAUUACGGCGGUUCACAUAGUUUCCUUGGCUGGGCAGCUGUAUGUGAAAGGUGCAACUUGAGAACAGGAGACACUGUGGUUUGUGAACUUGAACUCUCAGGACGAGUGGUUUCCGCUGUUAGAGUGCAUUUACUCGAUGAAUGACAAGUCAACUCUACUCUCCUUGUUAGUCAGGUCAACAUUAGUUUUA